CCUUCCUCCCUCCCUCCCGGCUCUCAGCCAAUUCCAAACCCCCAAAAGUCAGGAAAAGGAAACCAGAGAAAUCGAAACUGCUCAGGAAGGAGAGUCCAGGGAUCCCAGACCCGGUUAGCCCGUCGGCCUCACCCCAGCCAUGAACCACAUGUCCCAGUCCCUGCGGCCCGGCACCAACCCCGGGAGCUAUGAGGUGCUCAGGGAGGAGCACGAGGUGGCCGUGCUGGGGGCGCCCGGCAGCCUGGCCCCCGGGGCCGCCACCACCACCGUGGUCACCAUCCAGCCCGAGACCGCCGUGCCCGACCACGUCGUGUGGUCCCUCUUCAGCGCCCUCUUCAUGAACUUCUGCUGCCUGGGCCUCGCGGCCUUCGCCUACUCCGUGAAGGCCAGGGACCGGAAGAUGGUGGGCGACAUCCUCGGGGCCCGGACCUACGCGUCCACCGCCAAGUGCCUGAACAUCUGGGCCCUGUGCCUCGGCCUCCUCCUCAACGCCGGCCUCAUCGCGCUCCUGGUGUUCGCCGGCAUGGCCAUUUAUGCAGCUGUCCAGAACGGCAGAGGCUACUAGUGUCUGCCCUGCCCACCCACUCACUCCUCCACCCCCACCCUCCACACGGUCCCCUGCCUGUCACAAUAAAGACCGCCCGCUGUAUCUGAUGGUGCCUGGUGCUUCCUGCGGCCCCGGCCCAGCCUCCUGAGACGCCCCCUCACGCCUGUGUCCUCUCCCUGCGGAAGCAGCACCUGGGCCAGGCGGCCAGGAGGAGGGGCCCUGCCCCCUCGUUCAAGGUGUCCCCAGCUUGCUGCUGUCCCGCAGGCGGGCAGGCAGGUGUCCACGUCCAUGGAGCGGGGUCCUGGGGGGCGUCUGUGGGCCCGGCCUGACGGCUGCCGCCGCCUCCAGCCCCCAGGCUCUGCCUGGCUCCGGGGGAUGGGUAGCCCGGCCAGGGCUGUGCGGGCAGAGUGCUGGUCUGUGGGGCUGUAGAGCCCACACCAUCUGGAGCCCCACUCUGGGCUUCCCUGGCUGGGAGCCUGGCCCAGAACCCAGAACUUUCAAGACACCCAGCUCGCCCCCUGUGUGUGUGUGACCCCCACGGCUGUCCUCGCUGCACCUCAAGACUGUGCUGAUGGCCCAUGGACACUGCUUCUUGGGCACCCCCAUUUUAUGGAGAAGUAGCCCAUGUGGGAGCCUCCCUGGGGACCUGGGGUUCAGUCUCAGGCUGUCACUGCUGAAGCCUGAGUUCUAUCCCCGGCCAGGGCGUGACCCACAUGGCGCAGCAGACCCUGCCUGUCUCCCCGCUGCUCCCCUCAGCAGUGUGUUUCAGUGGGAUCCGCCUGUUCUGCUCCCCACUCUGUCUCUGGGGAGUCCUCUUAUACCCCUGCACAUCUGGCCUGCACCCCAGUUCUACCCAAAAAUAAAAUCAUACCAAAAAAAAGAUGCAGUCCUUGUGUGUACACAGGCCAGUUAUUCAAAGGUGAAAAAAAAAAUUUUUUUUAAACAUUUAUACAAGAACCGGAGUACAGGCCAGAUGCGGGGGAGGGUGAGAGGAUCCACCGGAGACAGAGCGGGGUCCUCUGUCUGUCAUUGAUAAUAGCUUUUGUUGGUUAUAUUGAGGUGUCUGGAUGGAUUAGUUCAAAUAUACUAAAUAAUGAAAACUACUGUCACCCUUUGGCUUUAUUGAAAUGUAGCUACUGGCAUGUGUACCCGAGGUGUCCCCACUCAGCCCUGGGUGACCUGCAGGCAAGG